AUGCGUAAGAAGGAAGAGCACGUAAUGCACUGCACAGAAAUGCGCAUGCUCAGAUGGGCAAGAGGAGUGACGCUGAUGGACAGGGUCCGGAAUAACCAUAUCCGUGGAACGUUCAAGGUUGCACCUAUUGCCGAAAAAAUGUGCGAGAGCCGACUGCGCUGGUUCGGCCACGUGAUGCGAAGAGACGACCACCACAUGACUAAGAGAGCCCUAAAUGACAUUCCUGAAAGUAGAAGGGGCAGAGGCCGCCCCCCUACGACAUGGAUGAGCACAGUGUCGAAAGAUUUGAGGACGAUAGGCGCAAGCCCUGACAUGACGCAAAACAGAGAAGAAUGGCGCAAAAUGAUACGGAGAGCCGACCCCAAACCCUAG